AUGAGAAUCACAGCUGGAGUAAUUGCUUUACUUUUUGUCAUCGGGGCAUUCUGUCGACCGAACUAUCCUAAAAAGGCCAAACGAGCGAUCAAACAAGUCAAAAACUUUGAAAAGAAGGAGCCUCAAGCUCUGACUCAUAAGUUUGUUAAGUCCGUGCUAGGUACUCGUGAUGAUACAAUCAAAGGUCUUAAGGUUAGUAUCAAUGCCCGUGAAGUUGCCAAGUCCCAGAAGAAGAAGAAGGCUAAGAAGCCCAAGUCCAAAUCCGAGCUCAAAACAUCCCUCCAAUCUGAUAGCAAAGCUAAAUCUGAUAGCAAAUCCAUUUCAAAAUCUGAAUCUAAACCAAAAGUUGAUACCAAAUCAAAAGUUGAAUCUAAAUCUAAAUCUGAAUCUAAAUCUGAAGUUGAAUCUAAAUCUGAAGUUGAAAUCAAGUCUCAAACAACUACUGCCCAUCCUGAUAUCAUGGCCAUGGAAAUCGAUGACUCUCCUACCACCCCUGCAGAAACUAAACAAUCAACUUCAACUGCCAAUGUAACUACUCCUACUAUUUCUUCUGAAACAACCAUUACUCCCCUCUUUGAAGAGACGCCUGAUAUAGUUGAUGAUGAUGAAGACUUAUCUAAUGUGAACGUUAGAGAAGUCAUUGUUUCUCCUCUUUCGGACAAACAAGAAUCCACAACUAUUACUUUGGUAACUGAACCUGGUGUGAUUAUCAAGAAAGUUGAAGUAGUUGAAAUCUUGGAAAUCGUUGAAGAAGAUAAGUUGCCCCAAAAUAUAGCAGGUGUUGAUGCAGGUGAGGAAUUAGCUAUUGGACAGGGCCAGGUAGGACCAGGUAUUCAUAUGGAUACCAAACUCCUUAAUGCCAUAAGCGCACCCGGUAGCUAUACUCCCAGCAAAGACGAAAUCUUGCGCCUCCAGAAGUUUGAAGAAGAGAUUCAACGCCAAAACAUUCGUUGUGGCACUGUCAUAGGUAAAUGUAUCCAAACUCUCCUAGUUGAAAAGAAGAACGAAACCACCGGUGAAAUUACGUAUGCCAAACUCAAUAUCGGUCUGUACAUUGUAAAGGACACCUCCUACUUUGGUGACUAUCUCAACACUUACACCUUCCUACUGGAUGAAUAA